ACUCCAGACGAUUUUUCCAGUCGCGGGAUUUCUCCGAAAGUGAAAGUCAACAACUAACAACUUAGCCUUAGACACACAUCUUUAGCCAGAUAACAUCAAAGUUUGUAAGGAGGUAAGCGCUCGAUAUUUUACUGGGAGAAGUUGUUGGGGGAUUACGUAAAACGCCCAGUUUUAGGUCAACGUUAAAAUAUGUUGAUAGACUCUCAAACUAAGAUUGUUAAUACAAUUAGUACGGAACUGUAUUUUUAAAGACUAAAAAAAAAAAAAAAGCCGAUAUUGUGAGUCUGGUCGAGCAGAACUUAGCCAAUGAUUGGGGGAUUACGUAAAACGCCCAGUUUUAGGUCAACGUUAAAAUAUGUUGAUAGAAUCUCAAACUAAGAUUGUUAAUACAAUUAGUACGGAACUGUAUUUUUAAAGACUAAAAAAAAAAAAAAAAAGCCGAUAUUGUGAGUCUGGUCGAGCAGAACUUAGCCAAUGUCAAGAAUGUUAUUAAGAUAUUGAUAUCGGUGGCAUAAAGCUGGUGAUGCCAAGGAACAGGACUGCUUAGAUACAUUCUAUUGUUAUUUUAAUAAUGUUAUAAACUAUAGCAAAUUUCUCUUUUAAAUGAUUUGCAUCCAAUGAAUUCAGCCCGAGAACAUGCUUUAAUAUAAAAUAUUUUCGCUUUUACGUAUUUUAAUGUUUCAAUGUUAAAUAUAUAUGCUAUAUUUAUUGAGGCCUGUAUUUGAAGUGAAUUACUAUUAUUUUUUUCUCCAUAUUAUAAAAAGAAGAUAUUCCAUUACAUCAUUAUUUUUACUGAUUAAAAAAAAUGAUUAGGCCUUACUAAAUAUUUUUUAAAGAAUGGAAGGUAACCAAGCAUUAAACCUGUUGAAUACCGGUACCGUGCUGAUAGUUCAUUUAGUAUAGCAUAGAUAAAACGGAAGAAAACAUGCAUAUUUGAAUAGCUAUAAUUACUAUAAAUUACUCUUUAAAAAAACAACCAACAGUAUACGUGUACUUUAUACAAAUUAAAUUGUUAAAAAAAUUAAUAUUCCUUUUAUUGAUGUGCACAAAACAAUGUAUGAUUUAAUUUCGGUUUUUGUUAGUGUUGUAAAAAAACAACAAAAAAACGUUGAGGCAGCUAAAGCCAAACACACCACCACAAUCCGCGUCAACUGUUCUUUGUGCACCCUAACCUGCAUCACCCUUCCCCAUGCCCCGGGACCAUAUUAUCAACAGUUAUACAUUAUGGUCAUAUAGUCGCCUACCAUUGUUUUUAUUUCAGCUAUUUUCUCGCUUCGUUAUUGAAAAAAAAAAUUCUAACUGGCAAUGCAACUUUUCGUAUAAAUUUCCUCCGAUGUGUCCGUGAUUUGACUUGAUGUAAUUUGUCUUAGAUGUGAAGUAAUUUUUUUUUAUACCUCGAUUCGUCAUGAAAUGUGCUAUGGAGCUUUCUCCGGAACAUCAGGUCAGGCAGUGGCUGUUGGAGGACUGAAAAAAUGGCUGCCGAAUGGCGUCGGACCGUAACAACUUGCCAGACAUUAAGAUUUUUUUUUUCUCCGGUGCCAACACUCUACACAAAGCAAAAAUCUGAUUAAGAUCUCUUUUGAACUUUGUUUAACCUUACCCUAACACAUGCCCCAUAUUUGGGUUAUUGUACGAAAGACAAAAUGGAACAAUAAAAUCUUUUUAAAUAUUAAAAAAAAAAAAAGUAAAUUAUCUCCAUUCUUCACGCACACCUUCCCUUAAAUCAGUGGUUCUCAUCCUGUGGGUCACGACCCCUUUGGGGGUCGAAUGACCAUAUCAGAGGGGUCGCCUAAGACCAUCGGAAAACACAUAUACCCAACAGUUAAGAGGCAGCAACGAUAAAAAUGUUGUAGUUAGGGGUCGCCACAACCUGAGGCACAGUGUUAAAGGGUCGCGGCAUUAAAAAGGAUGAGAACCACUGCCUUAAAUAAACAUGUAGAUAAAUAAAUCUCCGUUUAAACAAAUUUCUCUCGAACAAAUUUGCGAUACGCCGAAAUUUGCGAUACGCCGAAAUUUGCGCCCCCUUUUUCUGACAUACUCCAUAUGCUGUGAUAAUGUACUUGAGCUAGGGACAAGAUUUUGCAAAAGACGUUCAAUGUUCAGGACUUGAAAAUUCCAUCUUGCCCUUGGCUUCGUAUGCCGUAAAACCUUCUCAUGUCCUAAGUCCAGGGCUCUGGUUUAGGGUAUAGGAAUAAUUCUGACUCCAAAUAAAACUUAAGAGUUCCCCUUGAAGACAGUUGAGUUGGAACAAAAGUUAUGAAGUUUUACUUCACAUCCUGGGAGUGUAUGAAACUUUACUCAGGUAAAUUUUCUGUCACACCUUCCUUUCCUCCACUGUUUCUCUCCAUCCAUCUCUCCAUCCAUCUCUCCAACCCUCACGUGUGAAGCAACAGCCCUGAAAAUUGUGACGUCACAGUAGGCUUUUAUAGACAGGCCCUUACAACGGGGUGUUUAUAGCACGCGCAAGUUAUGUUGACCUGGUGAUAUUUGUAGAACACGUCUAUGGCACACAUCAGGUCUGCGAGCAGAUGGAAUUUAACUUUCAAGUGCGGCUGAACUGUGGGUGGCUUCUGGCAGAUGAUAGCAUCGAUAGAACUGGAACCAGGGAAAUGAAGGCUUCUUGUCCAUGUUUGGCCGUCAGCGGUGGGGUGGCCAUAGGGAUAGGUCACUGAAAGUGGAUUUGCAAAAGUGGCAGGUCUUAAAAGGAAGUGGCCACAUUGAUAGGUCAUUGGAGUUAGAGUGGUAAAAGUGAAAGGUCAUUGGAUGUGAAGUAGCCAACGUGACAUGUCAUUGGGAGUGGAGUGGCCGCAGUGAUUGGUUUUGAAGGGGGAGGGGGUGGCCAAAGUGAUAUGUCUUUGGAAGAAGAAAUGAUCUUAUUGACAGGUGGUUGGCAUUAGCAUGGCGAACGUGAUGCGUCGUUGGAGGCGGAGUGGCCAGAUUGAUAGAUCGCAGAUGGAUAGCUGUCGGUGGAUAUGCCGAUCUUAAAGCUCGUUGGGAGUAGAGUGGCCACACUGCUAGGCCAAUUUUAUAGCUCGUUGGGAGUGGAGUGGCCACAUUGAAAGAUAGUUGGCUCCAUGUUUAUGGAUCUAGCAGUAAGCACCCCGUCCCUCCAUUAUACUUCGUGGAGUGCCACCCGUUGGUUUGAGUCUGUCCCACCGAAACGGAUUUUGAUCUUGAAAGAACUGCGAAAAUUUCAAGUUUAUGAGACAACUUUUUUUUACCAAAUUGAGAAAUACUUCUUAAUGAUGUCAAAUGGUAGGGUUGUUUUUAGAACUGGAAUAUAGUUGUUUUUUUCCCUCCGGAAAUGUUAGUCUUAUUUUUGUUUAGUCGACCCAGCCUCUAAAUGUGUAAGGCAGCAUUAAAGCUACUGGUCUAAUUUAUGUGUGGCCAUUUCUGCAGUUGUGGUGGCGAUUUCUGCAGAAGUGGUGGCCAUUUGGGGGAUGUAAUUAUCGUAAUCCAAGGAGCCUUACCCUAAUCCAAAUAAAAAUCAGAAUCCAUACAACCCUCUUUGAUUGGGGUCUACACCAGGCCUGCACACCAUGCGGCCCGCGUGCCGCAUUCGGCCCACCAGCACCCACCUUGCGGUCUGCGCAGUAACGACAUAUUCUUUUUUAUUAUUAUAUUCUUAAUCAAUUUGCACGGCUCACCUUAAAUGUUGAGUUGUGCAGGCCUGCCACACGAUUGAUCUUAUCCGGGGUUUUACUGUGGUUCAAGUCUAGAAUUCUGCUGGCUUAGAUCCUGUCUCAGACGGAUACUGGUAAAAAAAAAAAAAAAAAAAACUGCCCGAAGAACCUUUGAACAACAUUCGUUGCUUCGACUUCCUCUGCUACAAGCUACUGCUACUCGGUACAACUCUCAAUGUCUCAAGAAGAAACAACAACAAUUCGUGCAGUUUUUGGGGUAGCUAGUCCAUUUUUUUAUAUUUUUUUUUGUUAAAAGAGUUAUCUCGCUGCGAAGGCUUAUUACUGGCCUUGUCUUGCAUUUUAUAAAUUUGCUUUUCAUAUAAUGGCUAUUGUUUAGUUGGAUGAAUUUAAUUUUCAUAUGAUAGAUAUAUUUUUAUUUUAUAAAUAAAUAUAGUUUCAUUUGAAAAUAAAAUAAUGAGUUUUUACAAUAUUCUUUUUUUUUCUUCUCCAAACUCUACUUUUUACAUUAAAAGUGUUUACAAAUUUUUAUUAUUUAAAAAAAAAAUUGAAGUGUAGUUAAAUUUUUCUCCUCUAAAGUCAAGGUCAGAGGAUCCAACAGACGAUACAUAUUAUUUGUGCACACAAGUUAACGAAAAAUGUCAUCGAUAGCUCUAAAUAAAUUGCUAUUCAUUUACUUGUGUGGUUGGCAAUAUGAUAUUUUUGUUUACAUCUUGGGCUUAUCAGUUGUCAGUCAUUUGUUUGCUGUUUGUAAAAACACCUGUCUCAGGUAACGUCCUAGCUAACAGUUUGGGUGAACUAUAAGGUGCUCGCCUCACCAUCCAGCAGGUACGCCAGUGUAUUGUCUUAGACCUGACUACCUGUAGGUGUGUAUAAUAAAUACGUCAGUCUGAGGUCUUUAACACGGAAUGAAAGAAAGACAACCUCACUAAACUGGGGUUUGGAGGGGUGGGUAGGAAGAAGGAGUGAGGGUGAUGGAGUGUGGGUAGGAAGGAGGAGUGAGGGUGAUGGAGGGUGGGUAGGUUUUGAAAGAUAGGCAAAAAAAAAAAAAAAGAAACGAGCCUUUGAAUAGGGGUUUGGAGGGGUGGGUAGGAAGAAGGAGUGAGGGUGAUGGAGUGUGGGUAGGAAGGAGGAGUGAGGGUGAUGGAGGGUGGGUAGGUUUUGAAAGAUAGGCAAAAAAAAAAAAGUAACGAGUCUUUGAAUAAUAAAAUGCAGACCCUUUGUCUGCCCUCUGUGUGACCUCUGAAUUUUCAGUCUGUAUAGCUUCUGUGUGGGGAAGCUUAAUAAAAGUAGGGUCUCUUUGAGGUCCUGCACUAAAACCCAUAUCCCUCGCCCCUUCCGAAAUAAGAAAUAAAUCUUACUGUUGAUUAUUAUUUUGUGAAAUUCAAAAUAUUUAAAAGGUUGACUCCUGCAUAUAUUAGAGGAAGUCACGUGUUUUGGUGCCGGUCAUUGACCAACACCCCCCCCCCCCCACCCCCACACUUUUUUGUGUGAUAAAGUUAGAAUGCCAUCCAUACGGGGGCCCCAGGUUCCUUUAAUCCAGCAGUAUGGGGGUGUGGGGGGGGGAUGGUGUGGGUAUGGAAAUGGGUAAAUUAUUAUUUUGUGAAAUUCAAAAUAUUUAAAAGGUUGACUCCUGCAUAUAUUAGAGGAAGUCACGUGUUUUGGUGCCGGUCAUUGACCAACACCCCCCCCCCCCACACACGCACUUUUUUGUGUGAUAAAGUUAGAAUGACAUCCAUACGGGAGCACCAGGUUCCUUUAAUCCAGCAGGAUGGGGAUGGUGGGGCGGGCUGGUAUGGAUAUGGAUAUGGAUAAAGCCAGUCCGAAGAAGUAUUUGAUGUGGAUGACGUGUGGAGAUUUAGGUACAAAGUGAGAUUUUAACCACACUGCUCUCAUUUAUAUCACAGUGACGCCCCAUCCGUGGCACAAUGACGCCCCAUGUAUAUCACAAUGAGGCCCCGUGUAUGUCACAAUGACGACCCAUGUACGGCAAGGUGAAGCACCCCUGUAUUGCAUAAUGGAGCCCCACGUAUGUUACAAUGGCGCCAGAUGAAGGGUACAAUGUCUCCCAAUAUAUAGCAUUCAUCUUCCCCGGGCUAAUCUAUUAGUGAACAACAAAAAAACAAAAAAAAAACAAACAAAAACGUAGACUCGAGCUCGGGGCAUUCACUCGGUAAUGGACUUUGAAGGAUGGGAUUAUCGGCCCAAUGCGGUGUUUCCAAAAAUGUUACGUCGUAUCACGUUAAUGUGAUGUCAUCAGUUGUGCGGCACACUAUUCGAAUACACAGAUCCUAUAUUUAAUAGAACGAAUACAUUCGUUUGGCGCAUACUUCUCCUCGCGACACACUUCUCCUAAAGAUCUACGAGACCCACGGGUGCCACGACACCACAGUCGGGGGAACCACUGGCCUAUUGAGCACAAAUAAACAUGUUCUUUGUGCCAGCCAUCGCUGGUGAGCCUGGCAAGGUGAAGGAACCUUUUGGUGCCCAGACCGUUGGCUUUGAUCCAUGACCCUGUUUGCGUAUCCCCGACCUAUUCCCCCACGAUCUGGGAUCAGGUAACUCACCUGCUGUUUCCUACCCGUGUCCCACCAACUCGAACAGUUGAUUAGAUUAAUUUCAGUUUUACUUAAAGACGAUUUUUUCAAAUAUUCCAGAACCCCGCUAGUUCAAAAUGAAAUACUUGCACAUGAAUAACCGUUACACUAUUGAAUAACCGUUACACUAUUGAAUAAUGUUACAAUGAUACAAAAUAAUGCUCAAACUGUGGUCUCCGGCCCUGUGUUGUGUUCAUUGUAUAGUAGUUUGACUCUCCUGCUAAUACAACGUCGUUUGUGCUACCACAUAAGUUUAAAACUGGCCCGAUAAGAAUCAGUAUGGUAAAAAAUGAGACCCAAAUGAUCCGACCAAAAUUAUAUAAACACAUAUGCCAUCUAAGAAAUGCCAGAACUGUUGCGGGCAAUUGACCAUCCAUCGAUCCAAACAUCCAUGCCGUCAAUCCUUCCACCUAGUUAUCAACACAGUCGACCAGUGGCGGAUCUAAUACCUCUGCUGUAUUUUUUGUUGUUGUUGUAAAGAAGCAUGAAUCCACCGUAACGUUAAUCCACCGUUUAUUUGGCUGUAAGUAAGGAAGGGUUCCACUUCUGCCGUCAAUAGUUCUCCAUCGCUGGGAUUCGCGUCAAUAUUUACAUCUCUUAUCAUUAAGUGAGUGGCUCGGCCAGAUUUUUGACAGAAAGUUAUACACGAAUAAAUAAAGGUAUGCAGGAGGAGGCCGUUUUUCUAGCUAACAUUUAAGUAUAUGAUCAAAGAAUGAUCCUGGAAGAGGUUUUCAAUAACAAAAAUGCAUUAUCCGAAGAUAAGAUUCUGAUCCAAAUAAAUGGAAAUGUUUUUAGUUUUUAAAAUUACAUUGGACUAAUUCGUUUUCAGCACAUAAAUAAAUACAGAUUUUUAACCGAGACGAAAUUUCACAACUAUAACAAUUUAAGCACAAGACAUAUGAAGUAUUUCUCUAGCGUAGAAAUCAGUCAUCAGUGAACUUCUUUAGUGACAAUAAUGACUUCAUUAGUGAUCAUUUAGAUUUGGUAAUCGCUUGGUAAGUGCCCUGGUAAAUUUUCAUAGAAUCUGUGGGGACAAAAGAAUUUUUAUAUUUUUCGGUCCUUUUUUUAAGAGUAAGAAUUUGCCCUGAUCGAGCUGAUCUUCGGUAUCUGCAAUGAAGUGGGAGAGAUGUAUCAUCCAACAUUUUUUUAAAAAAAGGUUUCCAACACCAUUUUUCUUCAUAAAGUUCUUCAAGUGAAGUUUAUUCAGUUUGUGUGAUAUUAUUUGCUUUCUUGAUUAGUCGGUUUUCUCGGUGUUUUGAUGUCAGACGAUUAACUCUCCACACCAGCAGGUGAUACUGAAGUUUAGUUGGCUUCCGGUUGUUGCACUGUAAAGACCCCCGCCCCGCCAUCUUGUCUCACUGACAUAAAGAAAUAUCUUUUUUUUUAUUCUGCCCCGUCUAAUUCUGUAUGUGUGUCAACCCCCCCCCCCAACACCAUACACAAAAAUUACAAAACAAAACAAACAAAGAAACAAAGAAAAAGAAACCAAAGAGCCAAAAAUAGAAUCUUCGUUACCUACCGUCCUAACUCAUAUUACUCCUAUAUCCAUCAUAUUUUCUAUAUAGGUUGUUCUUAAGGGAAAAUGUGUGGGUGGGGGGCAAGGGGGGGUAGCAGACUUACAGCGUUUCGUUGGUGGAAAGGGUUAGAAAAGGAAAAGGGGUGGGGGCGAAACCAGUUCGAGAAGCUCCACCCUUAGUGCUCUACAUCAGUGCCCCGCAAACAAUUUUUAACCACGGAACACCUAAACCUAAAUUCUUGCCAGAUUUCUGCGGCACACCACAAUUUCAACUGAUCUACUGUUGUUUACAUGUACACAACUUUUAAUUGUUUUUUUUUCUUCUGUUUUUUCUUUAGAUAUUUUACAGCAAGUGAUAUAACCUAAAAUAUACCCCCCUCACCCCAAUUAAAGUUCAAAUACUGAUAGGACAGAAAUAAAGGGGGAAAACUGCAUGCCUAUUGGCAUGCACACAUGAAAAGAUUUACAUUUAAUAAAAAUAACCAUUGGGAGCUUUGGGCCUGUUUUUUUUUCCCCCUCUCCGAACCAAGUUGUUUUAUGUUUAAGUUUAACUCAAAAUUCUUUUUUUUGCACGUGUUGCCACCCUAUGAUUAUCUUCCAGCAGCCAGAGCUGUUCAGACAUGUUUCGAUGAAUAAGACAGUAACUGAGCUUUGCAAUUUGGCAAGAACUUGACCACUAGAGAGCACACGGAUUUCGGUGCGAAAUAAUGAUUUACAUCCUGGUCCCAUUGCUUCAGGGAGUUAUUAAAAAAAAAACUAUAAAAAAAACCUCGCGAAAUUAUGGCUUUUUAAUUAUGUUUGUGACAUUGAGACAUUCGUUGAGAGAAGCUCAGGAAACAUUCAGUGCAGCAUGCUAGUUUUCUUGACUAAGUCUUGCCAUGGGGAUAAAUAGGCAAGGAUAAGAGAGAGAGAGAGAGAGAGAGAGAGAGAGAGAGAGAUGAAGAGGGAGAUGAAGAGAGAGAGAGAGAGAGAGAGAGGGAGAAACAAAGACAGAUGGAGAGAGAGAGACAGAUGGAGAGAGAGAGAGAGAGAGAGAGAUUCUGAUGAAUUGAGUGACCCUCCCUUCACUUUAAACAAACUACAGCUCAAGUCAUGGCUAAUAGUCAACUCGAAGCCUUGGUUAUCUUCGCACUUGAAUAAAAGUAAAAGUAAUUUAAAAACAAAAUAAUAGAUACCAGUAAAAAAUAUUUGAACAGUUGAAUGGACCCCGCGUAGAUGAGAGACAGAGGGGUAGAGUGGAAUAGAUGAGUAGAUGAGAAACAUAAGGGUAGGGUGGAAUAGAUGAGUAGAUGAGAGACAGAGGGGUAGAGUGGAAUAGAUGAGUAGAUGAGAGACAGAGGGGUAGAGUGGAAUAGAUGAGUAGAUGAGAGACAGAGGGGUAGAGUGGAAUAGAUGAGUAGAAGAGAUACAGAGGGGUAGAGUGGAAUAGGUAAGUAGAUGAGAGACAGAGGGGUAGAGUGGAAUAGACGAGUAGAUGAGAGACAGAGGGGUAGAGUGGAAUAGAUGAGGAGAGGAGAGACAGAGGGGUAGAGUGGAAUAGAUGAGUAGAGGAGAGACAGAGGGGUAGAGUGGAAUAGAUGAGUAGAUAAAUUUCUGGGCUCGCCAGCACCUUCUGGCACUGCACCCCCCGCCCCCAGGGGAUGUUUGUGAACCAUUGGUUUACGCUGCUACACCAAAUCACGUGGUAUUACAAGCAGGCAUUCGACAGAUAGUUCGCUGACUCGCAUUGACACUAUCCUAACAGCAUCCUACUGCGCGUGCGUCAUAGCGCGAGCCAUAGUGUGAGCACUCUGGGAUAUGCUAGGACAAUCUUACUUCAGAAAACAAAAAUAAUAAUAAGAAAAGUACUUAGAUAUGUUUAACAUCAGGUAGUUGCAGGAAGAUUCAUAUCAUGGAGAGGUGGCGCGCGGGUGGUGUUUACAGUUUCAGACGUCAAAUUCAACACAUAUUUCACGAACUGUCAGCGCCGACCUCCACCUUCAAAUAUUGCAAGGCGGCAAAAAUCUAAGUCGAGUGUGGCCACCUGACGAAUGCCAACAGGUACUGGUCGUGGACGUGAUAAAUGUCUAGAGCUGUUCUUUUAACAAAGAUUACUAUAGUACAGGUAGACUCAAGGAAUGAAUGUGGAUAAUUGAAUGCUAACAGUACUGGUAGAUCCGAUUUCAUCCAAUCAUUGAAUGUGGAUAACCGGAUGCUUACAGUACAGGUAGACCCAAGCAUUGAAUAUGGAUAACCGGAUGCUUACAGUACACGUAUACCCAAUCAUUGAAUGUGGAUAACUGGAUACUUGCAGUGCACCAUUCAUCGAAUAUUGAUAAUCCUGUUUGAUAUGUCUUAUCCAUGGUGUAUAAAGUCUGCAAAUUCAUAGAUUAGAAGAUAUUUAAGAAUUAAAAACAAGUUUUCUUCUCAUUUGGAAACAACUUUUCGCCUGCAGUCAUUUUACUCAAUCUUAAUAUCAGAGCCUGAAUCCUCAAUACCGCCCCCCCCCCCUUUUUACAUAAAGAAUUUUUUUUACUCAACACCAUUUGGUGGAAUUAAAAACAAGUUUUCUUCUCAUUUGGAAACAACUUUUCCCCUGCAGUCAUUUUUCUCAAUCUUAAAAACAGAGCCUGAAUCCCCCAUACCGCCCCCCCCCCCUUUUUACAUAAAGAAUUUUUUUUACUCAACACCAUUUGGUGGGGGGGGGGGAGGUCGGAGGCGAGCCAGGAGGUACGGGAGGACGCAGAAAUUAUUUAUUCGUGGCUAAUAACAGCUUUUAAUUUUACAAUUUAUUUUAUUAAAAGAGGAUUUAUCAUUAUUAUUAUUAUUUUAUUGUCAGCAGCAAAUGUUUUUAUGGACAAUUUUGUUUGCCCAUUAUUUGUACCGUUGUAUGUUUGUAUGUUUUUUUUUCUAGCAAGUUAAUUGAAGAAGGCAACUUACCUUUUUUAAUUUAUUUAGUUCAUGACAAUAUUUUUUCUCGUGAAAAAAAAAAGGGGGGGGGGCUGCACCUAGGAAAUUCUGGGCCCCAGGCAGCUGACAUAGUUCGGGCCCCUUUCGUGUUUGAAACAUGGGCGUAUAUUUUAAAACUCGAAAAAUGGCGGGCCUCUAUCUAGCUCGGGCCCCUGACAAGUGCUAUGGUUGUGUCCCGUCCCCCCCCCCUCCAGGUGCGGGCCUGCAAGGGGGUAGAUUAAAUCGAGAGGGUUUGAGGCGCUGCAAAAAAAAAGUUAAGAUCCCUUACCAUAGAUUAUGAGAUAAUCAUUGCCCAUGAUCUGCAGAACAAAAAUAUAUUUAAAUGACAAUUGCAUGUAAUGUAUGGCAUGUGAUUUGAUUCAUGAAAUGAUAUGGCUUGCAUUAAGGUUAUAUUAUAAUAAUUAUAUACGAAAUGAUUUGUUUUCACUUUUGUUAAUUUAAUCAACAGAACCACAAUGGAGCACCUAGUCCCUCUGAGGCGUGAAAGCUGGAGUUUUUUCGAGAGACAGAGACAGGUGUUCAGUGACAUGGUCAAGGGUCUGGACACUGAUAUGGACUCCGAGUGGAAGGAGUUCGACCUGGAGCUCGAGAAGAUGAGAAGAGAGAUGUUCACCCUGAAAGCCCUGGACUUUAACGAUUUCGGCUCAAAUAUCAUCAAGCCUGAACGCCCCAUCGUCUCCGACGAGCUGGGCAACAAACGUCUCUCUCUCAGGUCAGUGGACGUCUUAAGCAGGGGGCAAGGGUUCCCAAAUUUUUUGACUCGCGGAGCCAGAAUCAAUCUUUAUGGGGGAGUCACUUAUCUGGGCUUAUCAUAAUUUAUGUCUUAAAAGUUAAAUAGUGUUUAGGAGUAGUGCAUUUAUUUCCUGGAGUGGUCUCAGGGCUCAUGAGAAGUGUACGCUGAGCCCUACGGAGCACAUGUCGGGAACCACUAUUCGGGGUUUUUUUUGUGGUUUUUUAAAAAAAUAGUUUUUUUUAGCUGGGUUGGGGUGGGGGUUGGGGUUGUGGGGGUAAGAGAAAAUGAUCAAGCUGAAAUUUUGUGCCAACAUUUUUAACAUUCAAAUGUGCAUUUUACGGAGCACGGUGUUGCACGGACAAUGAAUAACGUUCGUGAGCAUUUAUCAAGAACUGCAUUGAUAACACUUGCUGGUGGCAUAGUGUCGCCUCUUGUUACUCUUGUGGUUAUCGACCCCUGCAUGUCACACUUCCGUUUCUUCAUUACUACAUAGAACACUUGUGUUUAUCGAUUAUUAUUGUGCUGUUGAACAGAUUUGAUUGCAAGGAGUUCAAGCCAGAAGAGAUCACCGUGAAGACAGUGGACAACAGACUGAUGAUCCAAGCCAAGCACACAGAGGAAUCCCCUGGCAGGAAGGUGAGCUCUACCUGGUCACGUGGUUUGCCCUUUGACCAAAUGGUUGAGGUCUAUCCAGUAACGUGGUGCGUUCGGGUCUUGGCUGAUGGGGACAUGCGAGGGGCAUUUCUUUAAAAAAAUGUGUUUUAUUACAUAGUGUGAUAGGUAUAUUUUCAGUGGUGUAGCUAAGGUUAGUGCAAACCAAGAAUUGUGCCCCCCCCCCCCCCUUCCAAAAACAAUUAUGCAGUUGGCCCAAAAUACCGCCCCUCACUAUAAAGUAAAAAAAAGUGCCGCCCGGGGCUGCCCACCCCCCCCCCCCUUUUCACCCUUCCUACGCCAAAGUGUAUUUGACUUGUUUUAUCACAUGAGAUGUGGUUUUUUUUGUGUGCUUGUUUUAUUACUUCAUGACAUGCGUAUUUUACUUGUAUCAUUACGACAGGUGUAUCGUGAAUUCAGCCGCCAGAUCAUCUUACCCCAGAAGAUCGACCCCCUGACGUUAAACUCGACGCUAGCAGCGGACGGCGUCCUCAGCAUCGAAGCACCGGCCCCGGCAGCCAUUGAAGCACCAAGGGAGAGAAUACUACCAAUUAUGCGCCUUUGAAAUCCCUUGUUCUUUAACUAACCCACGGUACUUGAUCAGAAAGGGGGGGGGGGGGAUGAAGAAUCUUGUGUCUUCUACCUGUGACAUAUCAGAUAAUAAUUAAAAAGAUAAAAUUAACAAAAAGAAUCGAAACAAAUUGGGGUGUUUUUUGGAGGGGGAAAAUUGGGGUGAGCAAAUUAGUUGCACAAAAUUAUUACAUUUAGACCACUCUAGAUAAAGGUUUUUACCCUUGAAGAAAAUAAUGCAACUGUUUGAUUGCAGCUACGAGCUUUUUUUCCAUAAAUAUAUUAAUAUUAUAUAUUUUUACAAAUGGUUUGACAGUUCCGGAAUACUUUUAUGUAGAGUAAUCGAAUUUUGUGGCUAUAAAUUUCAUAAGUUAGGAUGGUAAAAUACACGUUAUAAUUUGCAGUCAAUACAAAAUACGCUGAAAGGACUUUCGGGAGAAGCCGAUCUUGUUUGAACACUGUAUUAUAAAAUUAGAGUUGGUUAUAUAUUUUAUUUUUUUUUUAUAAAAUGAAGAAAUAAUAAAUAAAGUGGUGAAAAAUUGCUGAGAAUUUAUUGUGCUUAAAAUUGUGUGUAAGAAAAGGUCUGGAGUGUCUUAUUAAAUCAUAGAAUUUACGUUGUUGUAUUUGCAAUAAAUAUGUAUGUAUCAUAUUUUUUUUAUUGACACAAAUGAUUUACUGAUGAGAAGGUCAAGAGAGGCGAAUGUGUGUUGAUAAAUGAUAAUUUCUGAAAUAAUAAAAGAGCGAUCAAAUAAU